GAAAUGGCGCAUCUGAGUCUGCCGUGUCAGCCUUUCUGCUGCCGAGACUCUUUCAGGUUCUGGCGAGACUGAAAACAGCUUUUUAUCAGCUCCAAAGGAAACAUGGCUCUCAGCUCCGCUCCUCCACCGAACUUCUCCUGGGUAGAGCCUCAGAAAGUGGCUGGACUGGCUUUACCCUCGAGCCCGGAGCACUACCGGUUUCUGCUGCGCCACGGCAUCCGGCAUCUCGUGUGUUUGUGUGAGACCAAACCCCGGCAUUACGACUCCUGUCCAGGACUGACCCUGCAUCACAUCGCCAUAGUGGACUUCACUCCUCCUAGUUUGGCUCAGAUCCAGAGAUUUCUGUCCAUCGUUGAAAACGCCAAUUCCAAAGGAGAGGGUGUCGGAGUGCACUGUAUGCAUGGACAUGGCAGGACAGGGACCAUGCUGGCCUGUUACCUGGUCAAGGUGAGGAACAUCUCAGGAGUGGAGGCAAUAAAAGAGAUCCGGAAACUUCGCCCAGGGUCCAUAGAGACAAAGGACCAAGAGCAAGCAGUGAUAAAGUUUCAACAGUACCUCCGUGAUACAGUCACUAAAGGUUAGGACACGGUGGACAGAGUUGUAGACAAAAAUGUUUUUCUUUUUGGUAAGAUUUACAGUGUAAUGCAGAUUUCUGUGUCAGGUACACUAUUUUUUUUAUAACAGUCCCAUUGCCCCAGUAACAAAGCCAUCAUAUUUUGCUAGAACAGUAUUUUCUAACCCCAAUACUGAAGGCCCAUCUGUCCCGAGCAUAAGGCCAUCAUGGGUGUGUUACAGCAGGGAAGACCUGAAAACUGUGCAGAGCUGAAGUUGGGAAACACUGUUCUACUGUAUGCUGAUACUGAACAAACACAAUUCUGCAAUACAGGUUUUCAGAGGCGCACACCCACGUAAUGUUUGGACCACACCUGUAAAUGAGGGAAGCUGUGGCUCUGUACAAAACAUCCUAUUAUUCAUGUUCAAAUGGACACUUGACACAACAGUCACUACAAGCUUUAUGUACAUAUUUCUUUCAGAGUUGAAGCACCAUGUAGGUGUGGUUUCUGUUUGCGCUGUGUUUUUGCAUUCCAUCUACUCAGGUCAUUUCAUCCUUUAUGCAGGUACAUACAUUAAGACAACAUUUCACUGAUGUAAAUGAAAUACUUUUUUUUUUGUUUAUUGUCUUUUCUCUGGAAAUACCACGGUUAACGUAUCAUUUGGGUGCAGUAUUCUGUGUUGAGGCUGAGCCUUCAUGAGAUACUACAUCUGACUAAAAGCUUUUUCUCCAGCUGCAGAUUAAAGGGGAAUUUUCAGCAUUUAAAUACAUUUCUGAAUAAUAGAAAUGUUUAAAUGUCAACAACUGGUCUGAUGUGAACAUCUCCGUUCUGGAGAAUCUUAAGCCAGAAUUGUUCAGUGGUGGUGAUGUGAACCAGACGUCUGAAGCAUUUAAUGCCUCUAAAAGCUCCUUCACAGAAAGUUAUUACAUGAAAUGGUUAUGAUGUCUGAGACAUUGUUUCAUAAUAUUGAGAAGGUUUUAGCCUAAAAUCUAUUUUCUAAAAUCCAUUCAUGGCACUGAGGUACAUGCAUGGAGUUCUAAUGCAAAAUAGUCUGCAAAAUAAACCUUUUUUUCAGAUUUACCACUUUCACCAUAAUCAUUACAUAAAACAGACAAAACAUGUAGGUUCACAGAUUAUUUGAAAGGUAAACAAAAUAUUUUGCCACUGUCAGAAAAAAAAAAAUAAAAAAAUCUCCAAAAAGUAACUUUACAGGAGAAGGAAAAACAUUCGUAACUUGUAAUGGAAGUGAAUGGAAAAAGAUUUUUUUCUCAAGUAAUUUUGGACCAUUUCUUUGGGUCUGUUCAUUAUAAAAUUAACACAAUGCAAAGGGUAGCUGGAGGGUACGCAUCAGCAGUAAUUUGUAUUGUAGACACUGUGACCCCUGGUUCCUGUCACUACCACUGUAAAGAAAACCUGCGUUGACUUGGAUUGACUGUUUACAUCUAAAUGAUUGAAUUAUGCAGAUUAUGCAGUCUGUGGAGGGAUUGUCAAAUGAACCCAGGACAGUGUCUGUAAACUCAACCUUAUAUGAAGUGCCCAGUACGAAAAAAAUGCAUCCUUACCAAAGCAGUCAUUUUUUUUUUGUAAAAUCUGCAUUUAUUUAUGAUUUACAAAAGCCUAACAUGUAACAACCAUUAAAAUGAAUCAAAUAAAUUCUUCUUUAACCUAAAAUGGAAAACAUGACUGUGUGUAUACAUGUCAGUUUACAUUUUUGAAGCAGAAAAAAGAGGAUAUUGACACUAUAGCCGUAUGCAUCGUUUUAAAUUUACAAAGGUUGUGUAGUCUGGAAAAAUUAUUUACACAUACACCAGCAAGUCUAGACUGUCAAUGGAGAUCUACAACCACAUCUUCAAUGCAAAUAUAAUCUCCAAUACUGUAGUGAAGGGAAGUCUAACUAAAUUCAGAAUGAAUCUUUAUAACAAUCAAGGCUGUUCUGUCAAAACAAAAAUACAAAAAAAAGGGAUACACAAAUAAUUCUCUGAUGUAAAUGCUUUUCAUGGAUCAAUUUCCAACAGAGACUGUCCAGACUUUCAUAAAUAGAAAAGAAUGUGUUGCAAGGUUCAAAUAAAUACCUGCUAAGCAAAAGCGAGGCGUCCAUGUCUCAUUUCCUUUUUAACUCUUUUUCUCAAAAUCACUUCUUUAACGUAUGCUACCGUCAGACUGGUCAUAACUACAUCGGCUGGUCAGUGUCACUCAACUAUGCAAAUGUCCAUUCAGUUCAAUCAAGUCCAUUCAGUAAUAGUACAAAACUUAAAAGUGGGAAAAUAGAAAACUCUGAAUAUUAGAAAACUCAAACUCCCUCUGGAAUGACAUGUUCACCAACAGUCAAAAUAAAGAUUCUGAAGCCAGAGGAAGACUGACAUUUGCAAAUCAUGCUGACGAGGUUUCGUGAACUCCGUCCAAUGAACUGUGUUUACAUAGACACAACAGAGGUGACGAAAGUCCGACAGUGUAUGUGAAUGUAUAAGUGAACCAGCAGCUCUAUGUUUGGAAUCCAUUAACAUGGAUGUGCACUUUACUUGAGAGCUACAAAUCAAGUCUACUGUGACCAGCUUCAUCCCAUAAAUUUCACUACUGGGAGAGUGGACGUAGGAUAUUGGUCUGUUCUAAAUCAGCACUUGUAGUCAGAAGGAAAAUAAAUGUGGAAAUAUGCAGAUAGAGCAUAAAACACCACCAUAAAAUGUCCCAUGUUGCUGAAUGAUAUUUAAAAAAAAAUAAAAUGUGAAGAGAAUGCAUCAUUUUGU